CGGCGGUGGGCGGGUCCGACGUGAGGUGCGCGGAGCCAUUGGGGUAGGCUGUGUCGGGCUGCUCUAGUCUCGUGUUUUGGUGAUGCGGUCGGGCGAGAUGUGGAGGCUCCUGUCGAGGUUUAAUUCAUUCAGAAGGACUCAUGUCAUACUGCAACACUUGACUGGAUUUUUGUGUCAUCCCCAAAUUCAUAUGUUGUAAUCUAAUCCUCAGUGUGAUGGUAUUUGGAGGUCAGGCCUGUGGGAGAUAAUUAGGUCAGGAGAGUGGAGCUCUCUUGAAUGUUAUCAGAGCUCUUAUGAAAGAGACCCUGGAGAACUCCCUCACCUCCUCUACCUUGUGAGGAAUGACACAGUGAGAAGAAAGCCAUCCAUGAAUGAGGAAAUGGAACCACACCAGACACUGAAUCCGUGGGUGCCUUGAUUUGGACUUCCCAGCCUCCAGAACUAUUAUUCUGACUUUGGCCAUUAGGAAUACCUUCAUUUUGGCUCCUGUGUCUCUUUGAUAUGACCCCAUCCUUUUAAUUUUUAAAAAUCAAGAUCUGAGCUCUGGGAGUACUUUUUGCUACUGGAGUGUCAUGGCUUUCUCUCCAGGAAUAGAGCUAGGGUAAAAGAAUGUCAAAGCACACAGAUGCAGCAGAAGUACUAUUGGAAAGAAAAGGUUGUGCAGGAGUGAUAACACUAAACAGACCAAAGUUACUAAAUACACUGACUGUCGGUAUGAUUCGGCAGAUUUAUACACAGCUAAAGAAGUGGGAACAAGAUCCUGAAACUUUCCUGAUCAUUAUAAAGGGAGCUGGAGGGAAGGCUUUCUGUGCUGGGGGUGAUAUCAGAGCAAUUUCAGAAAUUGGAAAUAAAAACCAGAAGAUACUUCAAGAUUUCUUCAGAGAAGAAUAUAUGCUGAACAAUUAUAUUGCUUCUUACCGGAAGCCAUAUGUUGCACUUAUUCAUGGAAUUACAAUGGGUGGGGGAGUUGGUGUCUCAGUUCAUGGGCAGUUCCGAGUGGCUACUGAAAAGUCUCUUUUUGCAAUGCCAGAAACAGCAAUAGGACUAUUUCCUGAUGUGGGUGGAGGUUAUUUCUUGCCACGACUUCAAGGAAAACUUGGUUACUUCCUUGGAUUAACAGGAUUCAGGCUAAAAGGAAGAGAUGUGUACACAGCAGGCAUUGCCACGCACUUUGUAGAUUCUGAAAAGUUGGACACGUUAGAAGAAGAUUUAUCAGCCCUGAAGGCUCCUUCAAGUGAAAAUGUUGCAGAUGUCUUAGAAACUUACCAUACAAAGUCCAAGAUUGAUCGAGACAAGUCCUUUAUACUUGAGGAACACAUGGACAAAAUAAACAGUUGUUUCUCGGCCAAUACUGUGGAACAGAUUAUUGAAAAUUUACGGCAAGAUGGUUCAUCUUUUGCCCUAGAGCAGUUGAAGGUAAUUAAUAAAAUGUCUCCAACAUCAUUAAAGAUCACACUAAGACAACUCAUGGAGGGCUCCUCAAAGACCUUGCAAGAGGUAUUAACUAUGGAAUAUCGGCUGAGCCAAUCUUGUAUGAGAGGCCAUGACUUUUAUGAAGGCGUUAGGGCACUUUUAAUAGAUAAAGACCAGAGUCCGAAGUGGAAACCAGCUGAUUUAAAAGAAGUUACUGAUGAAGAUUUGAAUAAUCACUUUAAAUCUCUGGGACACAAUGAUUUGAAAUUUUGAGGUGACUGGAUUUUUAAGGUAUUAUUUUGGAGCAGAGAUUGGGAAACUAUGGCACGUGGCCAAAUCCAGCCUGCUGCCUCUUUUUAUAUGUCCCACAAGCUGAGAAUGGUUUCUGCAUUUUUAAAUGGUUAGAGAAAGAAAUUAAAGACUAAUAUUUCAUGAUA